AGCUGUCCUUUCCUUUUCCUCUUGUUUUCUUUUCUUUUUGAGUCCUCCUCUCCUCUGUCUUCUUCAAGUUCAAGGAGCUCUCUUCUCAUUUCCCCUUCCUUCCUGCUUACUUAACUCCAACUCCAAAGGUUCGUUUGUCACCUUCUUUUUUUCCCAUUAUUUAAUUAAUUACAUCAUUAAAAUCUUUUCAUUUUCUUCUUCUUCUUUGAGUCAUUUCCAUCCAACAUUUACUUACUGCAUAAAUAAAACGUGACUCGGUUCAGUUGGAUUAGGUGCUUUGUUGUUUUCGCCCCCCCUCCCCUCCCCUCUCCUUCUUCUGCUUUUUUCCUGAAUAAGGGUUUUGUUUAAUCUUGCAAGUUAGGGUUCGUUCCGCCAUUUUAAAGAUUUCCUCUUUUUCUGUGCUCUGCUUUUUUGCUUAUCUUCUAUUUAUAUAGUACUGUACUGCUUCAAGAAUUGGGUGAGAGUGGUGAAAAGCCCAGAAGAAAGUUUUGUUUGCUUUUUUUUUUUUUUGAGAAGAAUCGGGUUUCCCCGCCGGAGGGUACAUAGUCUGGGGUUUCGGCGCCGGCGGCGAGAUGAGUGCGUCUCGGUUCAUCAAGUGUGUCACCGUGGGUGACGGAGCUGUGGGUAAAACUUGCUUGCUCAUCUCCUACACAAGCAACACCUUUCCCACUGAUUAUGUGCCCACUGUCUUUGACAAUUUUAGUGCAAACGUGGUCGUGGAUGGGAGCACUGUCAAUCUAGGAUUGUGGGAUACUGCGGGGCAGGAAGAUUACAACAGGUUAAGACCUUUGAGCUAUCGUGGGGCAGAUGUCUUCAUUCUUGCAUUUUCUCUUGUUAGUAAGGCCAGUUACGAGAAUGUCUCAAAAAAGUGGAUUCCUGAAUUGAGGCAUUAUGCUCCCGGUGUUCCAAUAAUUCUUGUUGGAACAAAACUUGGUAUGAAUUUCUUUUCCAUGCUUCACUUUUACACUUACUAUUUGGCCCUGCUUUUCUGCCCUGGUUUAUGUGUUAUAUAAUGGCUUUGGCUUAUUUGACGCUGCGGGGACUUGUGCCUGAAUAAGAGUAGAUGAGGAUAAUUUAUUUUGGGCACACCAGGAAUUCAGGAACUUUAACUGCAAAUAAAGUCAUAGAACCUCUAAUUUUGAAACCUGGGAAAGGGAAACUACAGAGCUUUGUUUUACCGAACUCCAAAUGUCUGUUUGGAGUGCCUUUCGUGCACAACUGCUGCUUUCCACUGCUUGAACUGUUGAUGUAAAGAUUCAACCAGUCCUUAGCUUUCUUGCUAGAUAUAGUUAUAAUUUUUCUUGGAAUAAGCUCUAAAAGUGAAUUUCAUCUUUCUUGCUGCGAUUAACAUUUGACCCUCACACUUUUUACUCGAACAGAAUAGUCCUAUGUUGGCUUUCUUCCUUGUGUUUGAGGUACUCAAACAACCUGCUUUCCAUGCUUUGGCAGAUCUCCGAGAUGAUAAGCAGUUUUUUGUGGAUCAUCCUGGAGCAGUGCCCAUCACCACUGCUCAGGUAUACUCUACGUCAACUGUUCAAUAUUUAUUUUGUUUUUCUAAACCCAUAGAUUUUACACAUCACAAUCUUUGAGGACAUUGUUGCAAUGCAUUCCACGUACUCGAAAUAAAUUGGAAAAAUGAGACCCUGUAGAUAAUAGUGAGAUCACUGAGAUGCAAAAUUUACCUGAUGAAAGUUCGUUCUUGCGCUUUUUGAAGGGAGAAGAGCUGCGAAAGAUGAUCGGAGCUGCUUCCUACAUUGAGUGCAGCGCCAAAACACAGCAGGUGCAGAUUAGGUUUUCAUUUCGUAUUACAAUUUUGUCUUUGUGAAAUCUAUUUUCAGGACUAAACUGACAUUUCCCUGUGGUCGUGGGUGUGUUUAUUAUCAGAACGUGAAAGCUGUAUUUGAUGCAGCCAUUAAGGUUGUUCUCCAACCACCUAAGCCAAAGAAGAAAAAGAAGAGAAAGGGUCAGAGAGGUUGCAGUAUAUUGUAACUGAAGAAACAUGGAGCGGAGGAACUCAGUUUGAUCAAUAUAUGAUUUACGUUGUCAUGCUCUUCCUCUCGUAAAGGAGCACAGCUUGCUGAUUACAGUAUCAACUGACUUUACUGGUUUGUCAGUCAUCGUUGUAAUAUUGUGUACUAUGUCAUAUUAGAAGAUCUGGUACCUGAGAGAUAAUUUGAAAACUUGCUGCGUUCCUACCGAAAGCCUUAGAAGAUCUGUAUAAUGUGUUAUAUAACUUUGUAAAAGAUCUUUGUUGUGACCUAAAAAUUGUUUCACUCCCUGAUACGAGCAUUAUUAGUAGGAUAGCUCUGGUACUGAUCUGAACUGUGGCAGAGGAGCUGUUGGUUGGCAUUUAAUUGAUGAAUGUUGAUUUGAUUAUUUUUUUUAUUGUUAAGAGUGGUUUCUUCUGAUUGUCUGAAAGGGUUUUGUUGGGCUGGAGUUGUAAAAUGAGUUUUUCUUUGUUGUUGAUGAUAUUAUGGAAUAUUCUUUUUUCUUCCUGGGUUAAUUUUCUUACAAAAUUACAGACGAGUAGGUUCUUAUAAAUCACUUUGAAGGGGAGGGGAAAACACACACACACACACACACACAGGGAAAUUACUACUGAAUAGUCGGUGAUCAUAGUUUAAUGGGGGAGC